UUUUCCAGAUGACGCGACUGAGGCCCAACCAGCUUUGUAGGAGGCGGAGUCUCCCCAGGGUCCCUCUCAGGCUGUCCUAGGGGAGGGGGCUCUGGGAGCCACAAGGCCCCUCCCUGCCUCUCUCUCCAUCUCCCGGCAAGCUCGGAGGGGCGGGGAGAGAGAGCCAGAGGAGAACUCCCGGCAGCUCUGCAGAGGGGUCAGGAGCUUCGGUGCUUGGUACCCCCAGCCCCACCGCUCUUGCUGCUGCUGCAGCGGGGACACAGGUGAGGACAGCCCCAUGGGGAGGGGGAGGGGACCACCAGUGUCACAGUCCUUGUCCUUCCCUGGUCCAGCCCCCAUGCCCUAGCCCAUUCUGGGACAGUCCCCCGGGGUCCCACCAGAUCUUGUCUUUCCAGAGACCCAGCCCCCUUCCCCUGCCUGUGCCGCCUUCUCUCCUAGGCCUGGCUGUGGCUGCUUCUCUUCCUCUUCCUCCUCCUCCUCCUGCUGCCGCUGUCGCUACUGCCGCUGCCCAGCACGCACCGCCAGCCCCUCGGGGUGUGGUUUCCCCAGACCUGCCCCCAAGGUGGGACCGAGCCUUCUCCCGGACUCCCCCCGCCAGCCUCCUUCAAGGUCUUGCAGUCCCCUCCCUGAUUCAGACACACCCAACUCCCCUCAACACCCCCCCUCCAGCCCCUUCCUCUUAUCUUAGUCUUUAGGGAUCCCCGGGUUCCUCUGGGGCUGUGCCCAACUUCUGUCCAAUUGAGUCCUGGUCCCUUGGGCUUCCCCAGGCCCCCUUUUCCUGCCUGCAGGACUCCUGAGGGUGUGGGAGGGGCUCUGUCAGCCUCUCCAGAUAGUCCCCAGGUAGCUCUCAGCCUCUCAAAAUGUAACCCAGCCCCUUUUGCCGCCCUGGCCAGUCCCACUAGGGGGCUCACCUCGCUUGCCUUCCCCAGCACUCCUGCAAGGUGGAGACGACCGCCACCUCCACACACAUCCCCCGGGCGAGUCUCAGCAGCUCAGGUACUCCGGAGACAGCUUUCAGCCUCCCUGCAAGCUCCUGGUUCUGUAGCCACCCCUCGAGAUGCACUAGCCCCCUUUCCACAUCUGUAAGGGGGUUCCAACCCCUUUAUCAUUCCUCCAGAAAUCUUGAUGGUUUGGACAGCCCUCCUAGCUUUUGUCAGCCCCUCCUUGAAGCCCCCUGCCCCUUCCAGACUCUGCCUCUUUCAGGCACCUGUGGUCCCACUUCCACUCCUCUGAAUGCCCCAGUCUCCUCGCCAGCCCUGCCAGGGGGUUCCAGGCCCUUUUUCCUUUCCUAAGAACUCCGGAGAGUGUGACAGCCCCUCACGUGUUUGUUGGCCCCUCUAGACACCCCCAGUCACCUCUCAGGCAUAUGUUGGCCCCUCUACAAACAUCUAAGUCUCUAAAUCCUCCCUCAGACACCCUGUGGCCCCUUCAGACACUGUAGCUCUUGCUUGGUCCCUUGUGACAUUGUCUGGCCCCCUCCUAGACCCUCUAAAUGCCCCCCAUGCUCCUGCCCGUCUCUCUAGUUCCUCCUCCUGGUUCCUCUUGGCCUCUCUAGACACCCCCCAGUAUCCUUGUCUGAGUGGCCUAGGGCCUCUCCAAGCCCCCCACCAUCCUGGAGACAGCUACAUUCUCCUAAAGGCCACUCCCCCCAAGUCUCCGUGGGCCUGGGGAGCGGCAGGAUGGCGGCAGGUGUGGCCACGUGGCUACCUUUUGCCCGGGCGGCUGCAGUGGGCUGGCUUCCCCUGGCCCAGCAACCGCUGCCCCCGGCGCCGGGGGUGAAAGCAUCUCGAGGAGAUGAGGUUCUGGUGGUGAACGUGAGUGGCAGGCGCUUUGAGACCUGGAAGAACACGCUGGACCGCUACCCAGACACUUUGUUGGGCAGCUCGGAGAAGGAGUUCUUCUACGAUGCUGACUCCGGCGAGUAUUUCUUUGACCGGGACCCGGACAUGUUCCGGCACGUGCUAAACUUCUACCGCACGGGCCGGCUGCACUGCCCGCGCCAGGAGUGCAUCCAAGCCUUCGACGAAGAGCUGGCCUUCUAUGGCCUGGUCCCCGAGCUUGUGGGUGACUGCUGCCUUGAAGAGUAUCGGGACCGCAAGAAGGAGAACGCCGAGCGCCUGGCUGAGGACGACGAGGCCGAGCAGACCGGGGACGGUCCAGCAUUGCCGGCUGGCAGCUCCAUCCGGCAGCGGCUGUGGCGGGCCUUUGAGAACCCGCACACGAGCACCGCAGCCCUCGUUUUCUACUAUGUGACUGGCUUUUUCAUCGCCGUGUCGGUCAUUGCCAAUGUGGUGGAGACCAUCCCGUGCCGGGGCCCUGCACGGCGGCCCCCGAGGGAGCAGCCCUGUGGCGACCGCUUCCCACUGGCCUUUUUCUGCAUGGACACAGCCUGUGUGCUCAUCUUCACAGGUGAAUAUCUCUUGCGGCUGUUUGCCGCACCCAGCCGCUGCCGCUUCUUGCGGAGUGUCAUGAGCCUCAUUGACGUGGUGGCCAUCCUGCCCUACUACAUUGGGCUUUUGGUGCCCAAGAAUGAGGAUGUCUCUGGCGCCUUCGUCACCCUGCGUGUGUUCCGGGUGUUCCGUAUCUUCAAGUUCUCCAGGCAUUCCCAGGGCUUGCGGAUUCUGGGCUACACCCUCAAGAGCUGUGCCUCUGAGCUGGGCUUCCUCCUCUUUUCCCUCACCAUGGCCAUCAUCAUCUUCGCCACUGUGAUGUUCUAUGCUGAGAAGGGCACAAGCAAGACCAACUUUACGAGCAUCCCGGCGGCCUUCUGGUAUACCAUUGUCACCAUGACCACACUCGGCUAUGGAGACAUGGUGCCCAGCACCAUCGCUGGCAAGAUUUUUGGGUCCAUCUGCUCACUCAGUGGCGUCUUGGUCAUUGCCCUGCCUGUGCCAGUCAUUGUAUCCAACUUUAGCCGCAUCUACCACCAGAACCAGCGUGCUGACAAGCGCCGAGCGCAGCAGAAGGUGCGCCUGGCAAGGAUCCGGCUGGCAAAGAGUGGUACCACCAACGCCUUCCUGCAGUACAAGCAGAAUGGGGGCCUUGAGGACAACGGCAGUGGAGAGGAGCAGGCGCUGUGUGUCAGAAAUCGGUCUGCUUUUGAACAGCAACAUCACCACUUGCUGCACUGCCUAGAGAAGACGACGUGUCACGAGUUCACAGAUGAGCUAACCUUCAGCGAGGCCCUGGGAGCUGUCUCACUGGGGGGCCGCACCAGCCGCAGCACCUCUGUGUCCUCGCAGCCAGUGGGGCCCAGCAGCCUGCUCUCUUCCUGCUGCCCCCGGCGUGCUAAGCGCCGGGCCAUCCGCCUUGCCAACUCCACUGCCUCGGUCAGCCGGGGCAGCAUGCAGGAGCUCGAUACGCUGGCAGGGCUGCGGCGAAGCCCUGGCCCUCAGAGCCGCUCAAGCCUCAAUGCCAAGCCCCACGACAGCCUAGACCUGAACUGCGACAGCCGGGACUUCGUGGCUGCCAUCAUCAGUAUCCCUACCCCUCCUGCCAACACCCCAGAUGAGAGCCAACCUUCUUCCCCUGGCGGUGGCGGCAGGGCCAGCAGCACUCUCAGGAACUCCAGACUGGGUACCCCUUGCCUCCUGCCUGAGACUGUCAAGAUCUCUUCCCUGUGAUGGGUGGGCCUGCCCCCUCAGAAGGCCCCCUUCCUUACUGGGGACUCCUUUCCAAAGCCAUAUCUUGGGGAGGCAGACAGGGGCCGGCCUGGGGACCCCUUCUGCCCCCUGCUGGGAACUAUGCAAUGGACUUCCAUGGAACGACUCACCUUGGGGGUGAGGGGGAAGCAGUUAGGGAAUGGGCAACUUCCCCCACCCCAGACAGUUUUCCCCGUGGGAGCUGAAGCACUGGGCUUCCACAGGCCCUGGCCUCCUUGCCCCAGCACACUGUGGGACUGGCCCUUCUCCCCCAGCUGCCUCCUGCAUGCUCUUCCCUUUGGGUCCUUGGAGGUGGGUUGAGGUGGCCUGAGAGGGACAGCUGAGAUGUCCUCUUCUCUCUGGCUGGGCUGUGGAGCUUUGGGAGUUCAGAGAACAGAAACCCCUUGCCUCUGAUCUGACCUCCAAAAAGAUCCUUGGCCUCCACCAGGCCCAACAAUUCCUGGAUUCUGAAGCUUGGAAUGCAAUCAAUUACAGGCUUCACGGGCUGUGGCCUCAGCAGUGCCCUGCCACCCCCAGGCCUUGGCUAAGGGGACAGGCUGCCUCUCCAAUACAUAGAUAGCACAAAUGCCACCGCUCCCUUCCCUGGCUGCUGGAAACAGGUCCCUGCAACCUUGUCGUCUGCUAGGCCCCUGGCAAACUCUAGCAAUAGCAGCUGCUGCCAUGACAUUAUGCAACGCCUCUGACCGGUCUGCUGCAGUAGUUACAUCUGCCCUAAUUGGAGGACCACCUCUGAUUACCUCUCCUCCCCUCUUCUCCUCCUUCCUGGGUUGGGCCGGAGUCUGGACUGGCUGAGAUAAGAGCCUGGCAGCAGCAAGCACUGGACUGUGUUUGGAGAUCAUGGGCAUGUUCUUGGGCAGCAGCACAGACACAUCACGGGCUGAGGCCUGGAUUGUUCCUGAACUCUGUUCCUAGAGGAGCUUUUGGAGGCAGGAGGAACUUCUGAUUCGCAGCCCCGUCACCCACUCCUUUUCACAUAUUCCCCUCUCUUCUCUCUCCGGGGUCACCUUCCAGAAUUCUUGCUCUCAGGCUGAAAUCUGGCAUCAUCUCAGGUUCCCUGUCCCCAGCGCUGUCCCCACAGAGCUGGCGGCUGACAAAGAUGUAGUUUCCAUCGGUCAAUAAAACCUGAGAGGAGAGAUGGGGACUGAGCAUCUGCUGGCUCUGUGGGCUUGGGGGCUGGGUUGGCCAAGGUGGGGGUUUGAAAACACUCUUGAUUUCAACUCCUUUCAACCAGUAGAAGGUCUGGAGUGAGCUGAGGCAUGAGGCAGGUGGCUGGUGAUGUAUUCUGGAAGAUGAGGCCCUAGAAGAAAUGAAAGAGGGUGAUUUGAAGAGUCCAAUCUACAACCAGGCAGGCUAGGGAGUCUCAUGCUACUCCUUUUGUACAUCAUUGGGUCCAGCUCCCUCAGUCACAGAUGGGUAAACUGAGACUCAGAGCAACACAUACUUGGUUAGAGGAGACUUCAACUCAGGCUUUCUGACAGCAAACAACUCUGAACUGAACCCUAAUAAAAGCAUC